ACUUGGUGUCACUACGAGAGGAAACUCCGGCCAGCCGCGCUCCCGCCCCCAACCCCUUCCCCGGCUCGUCGCGGCGCUGUGAUCCUUCUCCCCAGCGCCCCCAGCCUCUGUGCCACUAGCCCAGCCUCCCACCAAACUUUUUCGCCCUGGGCUCGAGAUCCUGGACUCAGGGGCCUCCCAGCCUGCCCCCUUUCCCGGCUUCACCUCGAGCUUCUCCCUGGACUAGGAGCGAGCAGUCCCCCUGCCCUCGGCCUUCCCUCUCUCGCCAGCCUUUUCUAGGGAGGGGGUCUCCACGCUCGGGGGAGUUCCCGAGGGUCACCGGCAUCGCGCUCGCCUUUCUGUCUCGCCUCUACCUGGAUAUAAUUUCCAAGAGAAGCUGCCACCAGGAUGACCACGCUGGCCGGAGCCGUGCCUAGGAUGAUGCGGCCGGGCCCAGGGCAGAACUACCCGCGCAGCGGCUUUCCUCUGGAAGUGUCCACUCCCCUCGGCCAGGGGCGCGUCAACCAGCUGGGCGGUGUGUUCAUCAACGGCAGGCCGCUACCCAACCACAUCCGCCACAAGAUCGUGGAGAUGGCCCACCACGGGAUUCGGCCCUGCGUCAUCUCCCGCCAGUUGCGCGUGUCCCACGGCUGCGUAUCGAAGAUCUUGUGCAGGUACCAGGAGACAGGCUCCAUCCGUCCCGGUGCCAUCGGUGGCAGCAAGCCCAAGCAGGUGACAACGCCUGACGUGGAGAAGAAAAUCGAGGAAUACAAAAGAGAGAACCCGGGCAUGUUCAGCUGGGAAAUUCGAGACAAAUUACUCAAGGACGCGGUCUGUGAUCGAAACACAGUGCCCUCAGUGAGUUCCAUCAGCCGCAUCCUGAGGAGUAAAUUCGGGAAAGGCGAAGAGGAGGAGGUGGACCUGGAGAGGAAGGAGGCAGAGGAGAGCGAAAAGAAGGCGAAGCACAGCAUCGACGGCAUCCUGAGCGAGCGAGCCUCGGCACCCCAGUCGGACGAAGGCUCUGACAUUGACUCUGAACCGGAUUUGCCCCUGAAGAGGAAACAGCGCAGGAGCCGAACCACGUUCACAGCAGAACAGCUUGAAGAGCUGGAACGCGCUUUCGAGAGAACCCACUACCCGGAUAUCUACACCAGGGAGGAGCUGGCACAGAGGGCGAAGCUCACGGAGGCCCGAGUACAGGUCUGGUUUAGCAACCGCCGUGCAAGAUGGAGGAAGCAAGCUGGGGCCAAUCAACUGAUGGCUUUCAACCAUCUCAUUCCGGGGGGCUUCCCUCCCACUGCCAUGCCGACCCUGCCAACAUACCAGCUGUCGGAGACCUCUUACCAGCCCACGGCUAUUCCCCAAGCCGUGUCAGAUCCCAGCAGCACCGUCCACAGACCUCAGCCGCUUCCUCCGAGCACUGUACACCAAAGCACAAUUCCUUCAAACCCAGACAGCAGCUCUGCCUACUGUCUCCCCAGCACCAGGCAUGGAUUUUCCAGCUAUACAGACAGCUUUGUGCCUCCGUCCGGGCCCUCCAACCCCAUGAACCCCGCCAUUGGCAAUGGCCUUUCACCUCAGGUAAUGGGACUCCUGACCAACCACGGAGGGGUUCCCCAUCAGCCCCAGACCGAUUACGCUCUUUCCCCCCUCACUGGGGGCCUGGAACCUACCACCACGGUGUCGGCCAGCUGCAGUCAGAGACUAGACCAUAUGAAGAGCUUGGACAGUCUGCCGACAUCUCAGUCCUAUUGUCCACCCACCUACAGCACCACGGGCUACAGUAUGGACCCCGUCACAGGCUACCAAUAUGGGCAGUAUGGACAAAGUGCCUUUCAUUAUCUCAAACCAGAUAUCGCUUGCUUUCAAAUUCUUUUGAACAUGUCGGACAAAAGCAGUGGAGAAAAAGAAGACCUGGAACAAUAA